AUGGAGGGUCAGGAACUGCCUUACGUGCUAAUUGACUGUAUAGGAGGGAAGCAUGGAGUAUAUGAAGACCACGCUGAAUUUCUGGAGAAACAUUUUCAUCUCAUCACCAUGAAAGAGUAUCUUGAAAACAAGAAAUUUCUCGGCAAAAAGAUCACAGCUAUUUAUAUGUGGUAUCACAAACCAGUUGUUAAUGAAGAGCUGCUCCAGAGCUUGCCUAACUUGAAGAUAGUUGCAAGCUCUGGAGUGGGAAUAGAUCACUUGGACCUGAACCUCCUCUCCAGCUAUGGUGUGAAAGCCUCCAACACUCCAUUUGUUGUUUCCACUGACACUGCAGACUUGGGAAUGGCUUUGGUGCUGGCGUCUUCCAGGAGACUUGUGGAAGGCUAUCAGAUGGCAGUGUCCCCCGACACGGAGUAUUUCCCCGCUGACUGGCUGGGGGCUGAGGUUUCUGGGGCGACCCUGGGGGUCGUGGGAAUGGGCACCAUUGGCUACAAAGUGGCCGAGAGAGCCAAAGCCUUUGAAAUGAAGAUUUUGUACCACAAUAGGAAUCAGAGAAACAAAGAAGAAGAAAGUGCCGUUGGAGCUGUUUACUGUAAGAAGAUAGAUGAUUUGCUCCAGCAGUCAGAUUUUGUGUUGCUGUCUGUGAACCUGACUCCACAGACACAAAAAAUGAUUGGGAAGAGGGAGCUGGAGCUGAUGAAACCCACAGCUACUCUCAUUAAUAUCAGCAGAGGUCUGGUUGUGGAUCAGGAUGCUUUGGUGGAAGCCCUUCAAAACAAAGUUAUUAAGGCAGCUGCUCUGGAUGUGACGUAUCCUGAGCCUUUGCCAAGGGAUCACCCUUUGUUAAAGCUGAAGAAUGUUAUAAUAACUCCUCACAUUGGAAGUGCCACCAAAAAGACACGCCGCCUUAUGAUGGAAAACAUGACGGAAAGCAUACAAGCGGGUCUUGCGGGUCUUCCUAUCCCUAAUGAAGUAUUCUGUAAAGCGGCCUGCAUUUAAUGUUAAUGCCGUUAGCGUUUAUCCUGGUGUGAGGAAAGAGUAAUUUGAUCACUCUUCGUGUAAUUAUACCAUGUGUGUUAUACAGAUAAAAUGUAUAAUGCAUGGCUUUAAU